GGAAACCCCGUGUAGCGAGGGCCGCCAUCUUGGAGAGGCGAAACGCGUCAAACCCGGGACGAGCUGCGGGUCGGAAGGAGAGCGUUUCAUUGCACCGCGGACGAACACCUCCCGAGAAGCAAAACGAGCCACGAUGGCCACCGCUCCGUACAACUACUCCUACAUCUUCAAAUACAUCAUCAUCGGGGACAUGGGGGUGGGGAAGUCAUGUUUGCUUCACCAGUUCACGGAAAAGAAAUUCAUGGCGGACUGUCCCCACACCAUCGGGGUGGAGUUUGGCACACGGAUAAUAGAGGUCAGUGGCCAAAAGAUCAAGCUGCAGAUCUGGGACACAGCUGGGCAGGAACGCUUCCGGGCUGUGACGCGCAGCUACUACCGCGGUGCCGCCGGAGCCCUCAUGGUCUAUGACAUCACCAGGAGAAGCACGUACAACCACCUGAGCAGCUGGCUGACUGACGCGAGGAACCUCACCAACCCCAACACUGUGAUCAUCCUCAUAGGCAACAAGGCCGACCUGGAGGCGCAGAGGGACGUGACGUACGAGGAGGCCAAACAGUUUGCUGAGGAGAACGGACUUUUGUUCCUUGAAGCUAGUGCAAAAACGGGAGAGAAUGUGGAGGACGCCUUCCUGGAGGCGGCCAAGAAAAUCUACCAGAACAUUCAAGAUGGCAGCCUGGACCUGAACGCGGCCGAGUCGGGGGUGCAGCACAAGCCCUCGGCCCCCCAGGGUGGCCGGCUAACCAGCGAACCACAGCCCCCACGGGAGGGCUGCGGGUGCUAAUGACCAACUGCUCCCCAUACCACCGUCCCUCCAUCACAUCCCCAGAAACCCCUGCCAGCAUCUCCCUCCCUCCAGGAGCACCCCUGCUUGGCCAGGCGGUGUGAGUGAGGCCACGGAGGGAGACCCUGGGGGUGGGCUUCAGGCUCACGAGCAUCUGCCCCCCCCCCCUCCCUUCCCUAGUUCACUGUCAGCCCUGCUCUCCCAUCCUCUUGUGUCCUUCUGUUCCUCCACCGACCCGCCCCUCUCAGCACAACUCGCAUCCCAGAGAAACCGAGACAUGGGUGGUAACAACCUUCAGAAAUGGAGAAUUGAGAUGCUUUUUUUAUUUUUCAUUUUAUAGUUAUUGUAUGUAUAUAAAUAAAUGAGGUUUAUUCAUGGAAUCUGGAAAGAGCAGAGCGAUACAACUCGUCACCUAGGGUUCGUCUGUCACCCCCCGCACGGUUCGGUUCAGCGCUCUUCACAUCACACGUGAGCGACUCCACUUCGCUGUUGCGUCACAUUGCGCUCGCGAGUCGGGUGUGGUCAAAAUGGUUACGCAGCCAGGCUCCCCGGCUGCUAUCAGUCAGCCUCGGGCCACCAGAGGCAGGAGGAGGGUGUGGUCUGGCCACUUCGUGAGAUGGGUGGAGCUCCAAUGAGUGACCUGGUAACCAUGACAACCCAGGAGGAUGGACGCCCGAGGUACAGCAGCUGGCUGAACACAUGCCCCAGCCCUCCUGUAGAGCGGAGAACGUGGUUGGGGGUUGGGGGUGGGGGAUGGAAAGCAGGGCUGUCCCAUCCUGUCCCGCUCAUGGAGAGCUACACUCUUGCACAUUUGGCCCCAGCUCUGUUGCAACCCACCUGAAAUGCCGUAAGGGACAGGAGGAAGGCUCUCUGGGAGCUGGAUCGGGGCCCCUGUGCGUGCGUCUCGCCAGUUUCCAGGAGUAUAAGAGGGAGGGCGGUCCAGGUGCUCCUUGUCCUCCGUGCUCUCGAACCCCCGAACGUACUGAUAGCGCCUUCUGUCCCUCUCCGCACGUUGUCAUGUGUUGCCUUACUCGUUAUGAUUGAUACGUCGUCUUUUCUUUGCUGCUUGCUCUUCAUACACGUUUGACACCUUUGUCGAAGUUUUGUUAAAUGUUUUGUUACAUUAUUUUUAUCAAGGAAUCUGACUGUGGAAAUGGGAAGGGGGGCAGUGCAAAUGUGGGUGGGGAAAGUGUCAGAUUUGAACUGUAAGGCUGCUGUCCUAUAUAUUGGCUUGUACAUUAAACAGUGUAUAUUGUACCGGACAAACAGCACGCGUCUCACUGGCCAUUAUCACCUACCAUGAAGAGAUCUACACCGUUUGGCUGCCUGUAUAUAUUGCUAUCUGUAGUGAUUGACACAUGAAUGAUGACAGUUUUAGACUGUGGAAAAAUUGUGCAGGUGAUGUGUUAGUGGGAUGCUUGUAACUGACACUGCAAAUCUAACCAAUAAAUUUGUACGGUUGAAACCCUUCUCACCGGCGCCCCCCCCCAAUGGGCACCGUUGGGUGUUUAUUUCUCUAUGCUGAUGUUUCUCCCUUGCCCCUUAGUUGUAAUUUGAAGGGUGGGUGGAGGGUCAGCCCUUUUCUACUCUUAAUUCAGUCUGUUCUCUUUACCAGGAGCACCUGCACUGAUGUCCUGUCUUAAUCCUGAGGGGGUGGGGGGUUUGUAGUGAGAAUAGGAUCCUUCGCUGGCUGCAUCCCACUUCCUGUUUAGGCGACCACGUCUGGCUCUCUACUCAAAUUUAAGUAAAUAUGUAUAAAUUUUGAAGGACCUGCGCUAACAGUUAAUUGCAUUCUGUGUGUAUAUGAUUUUAAACUUAUUUGAUUUUAAUAAUGACAAUAAAAGAUCUAGAAAUACAUUAUACAGUACAUUAUGAAAGUUGUGGCCUCUUUUUCCUGUCAGAAGAAACCUUUCUGGCCUUGAACUGCUCUGUGACCGUUUCACACUAGAGCAGAAAAAAAAGGAUUCUCGGCAAAUACAUUUUUUUUUUUGCCUUGAUGUUACAGUGUGGUGGGGAGGAUCCAAACUCCUAGAGUGUCCAUUCUGUCUGCAGCACAAGGCCCCUGGCUUUCCCACACAAGUUUACUGCUUCACUUAUGGUUGGGAGGAUUCCUCUUUAUUUGCUCACAGAAAGGAGCCCUGAAGCAGUGUUUCAGGAAUCAGCUGCGCUGGGGGUACAGGAAGCAAGACUACGGUGGAGCAUAGAAUUCUAACAGUGUUCAAUACGAACUGGAAACUCCCACAAUAUUGUAUUACUACACUGAUGAACUCAGUAUUAUGAAAUACUAUUUGUGCCUUAUUAGACUUUAGGGUUAAAUCUUAAUGCAGAAUUAAUCUACACAAACAGUCCAGCUUGACAACACUUCCAUAAAGUUGUGCAG